AUGCUUGAAGAUUUCGACAAUAUUUUCCGUCUUGUUCCGCUAGAGUGUAUUGGGUGUCACCAAAGCCCUUCUUGGCUGCGUCACGCACUCGGUUCCAAUCUAGCAGCUAAGACCGUCAAACUCAUUCACUUUCGAAUCACUGCCGGUGAUCAUCACAACCUCGAGCCGCACUAUGAACUUUAUAAGCGAAAAAAUACUUGCACAGCCAGCACAGCAGACGAUUUAGAUCCAUUUAAGGACUGCAACCUAGUCACUUGUAUGCCAUGUCUCGGAGACUUUGCAGACUGGGCGUUUGGGCCAACUGGCCUCCCUAACUUGAUGGUCAUCGCCUUCGGUGACUUUUCAUUUGGCGACCGCUUCAAAUGGUCCCAAGCCUUACUAAUUCGCUCUUUGAUACCCUCAACGAAUUUGUAUCGCAUUGUAGGACACGGGAUGCAUGAUCAUAUGAUAGAUAGAAUAUCCGGUUCCCGUGAAAUGCUGAGCGCUUGCCCAACGCAGUCCACUAUAGUAUACAGUAUGAACCAUGAAGGCAGCGGCAUAGUGACGGACUUCAGUGCAUAUGACCUAGAAGACUCAGCUGAUGGUACAGACAAUAGCUCUGAAGGUGAUGACUGA